UAGUAGGGGUCCAUAGUGCAGCGCCUGGUGAGCCAGGUUUUGUUCUUUAUUGGGCCCAGGUGACCCCAUGACUGACUGGACCAGACCCUUGAUUCCCCUAUAAGAAUAGCCUGCCUUGUUGCCCUUUUUUUUCAUGCAACUCACUGCAAGGUGAACCUCACAGUACCCAGUGAGAGCCAGAACUAUAUAUCUGGAGAUAGAUACUCAAAAAGAAAAAGAAACAGUUAAGUCAGGCAGCCAAAUUAAAGAGCGAUGAAGGCGAAAAGUAGUUCAAUUGGAGGGUCUAAAAGAAGGUUUUCAUGUAAAGCCAGGCUUGGUGAAUUCCUCAGAGAAGGAAGAGGUAGGCUCUACAUAAUAAGGAGAUGUGUUGUUAUGCUUCUCCGCUGGCAUGAUUAAGAUCCUAGCUACCAUGUAUAGCAAAAGUUUGAGUUAGAUUUUUCCAUUUUUCUUUCCUAUUUUUGACGCAUGUUAAUAUGUCUUUUGGCUUUAACUUAUAUCAUAAAGAAUUAAAGAUUAGAUGAGGAAAUUACUUCA